AUGUGGCUGAACAUGAAGGUGAAGGAUAAUAUGUUGUUUCAAAAAUCUAGAGUGAGGUGGGAUCGAGAAAGGGACUUGAAUAGUAAGUACUUUCAUUCUAUCUUGAAAGCUAGAAAAAGGUGUAACUUUAUAGGUAGUAUCGUUACUGACAGAGGGGUGGUGGAGGAGGUGGGGGUGUUAAGGAGGAGGUUAGGAGGCAUUUUGAGGCAAAGUUCGCAGUCUAUUUCGGAGCGUCCUUUGUUAAAGGGAAUCCACUUUAAUUCAAUAUCAAUUGCUGACAAGAGAGAUUUGGAAGUUCACUUUUCGGAGGAGGAAGAGAUAAAAGUGGCAGUUUGGGGUUGUGAAGGGUCUAGGAGCCCGGGACUGGAUAAGUUUAAUUUUUUCUUCAUAAGAAAGUGUAGGAAUUUUAUGAAGGAGGACUUAAUAUCUUUCUUCAAUGACUUUUAUGCUUAUGGUGUUCUAUCUAAGACGAUUUUAUCAUCUUUCAUUACUCUGAUUGCUAAGAGGGAUUGUCCAAAGAGUCUCGAUGAUUAUUGGCUCAUAUUCUUGGUGGGAUGUCUUUAG